CAGGCUGCAAGGUUAUUUCUGCAUCUUUCGUUUUUGCAAAUUGCCAUAUGUGAAAUUAUCCACAAUACUUGACUUUGAUAGUCUAUUAUUAAUAGAAUACUAUGGAAAUUGGUGCACUUUUGCUAAUGCUCGUGCUGAUGUCACCCACUCUGUCUGGAUACACUCAAGCAAGACCAAAAGUUCAAGUGACUGUAAUGCCUAGUGACCGUGUCUUCAGCGGAGAGACAGUCACUCUCAGAUGUGACAUAGAGGAAGAGGUUGACUGGACAUACAGUUGGUAUAAAGAUGGUUUGAUCACCCGCUGCACAGAGAGAGUGUAUGAAUUCACAUCUUAUGAGUCUGACAGUGGUAAAUACACCUGUAGAGGAGAGAAGAAACAAGACUCGCACCAAUCAGAGAUCAGCGACUCUGUUACACUGACUGUAUCAGAUCUACCCAGAGCAACAAUUACAGCAGAUCCAGACAGGUCUGUGUUCAUUGGAGAGACCAUCUCUCUGAAGUGUGCAAUAGAGUCUCAUUACAAUGACUGGAGAUUUCAGUGGUCUAAAUACAGCAGCACAUUUGAUGCAGGCGAGCCAGAGAAAAUCACAAGCAGAGAGACUCUCACUAUUGAGAAAGUUUCUAUGUCUGAUCAGGAUAAAUAUCAUUGUUGGGGAGAUAGAGAGAACAGACCAAUGAAAUCCCAGCAGAGUGCAGCUUUUUCAAUCAAAGUGGAAGGUGAGUGCUUUAUUGUCUGUAACACUCAUUCACCAUUCAACCAAUGGAAUGAUAUUGUGACUAUGUUUGUUAAACCAAUUGGCAGAUGGGAGGAGUGUAUAAGAAAACAGAUUGAAAACAAUCAAAGAACCCAUCCAAUUAUUAAUAGUGAAUGAGAGUCAGUGUUUUUGCAUUUCCAUUUGGUGCCACAAGGUGUACAGAAAUUCCAUGAUACACUCCUUGUGAAAAAUAACUGAG